AUGGAAAUGCGUUGUUCUGGUUUUUCUUUGGAUCAAAAAAAAGAAAUGAAAAUCGCCCUUAGUGGAACACAUGAAAUCAGACACGAAAUUUAUGUAAAAAGAUUUCCUCAUUCGCAUUUCAUGAGAUUCGAGAACGAAUACCGCUCAGAAUCAAAUAAAAUAAGAAAAAAAGCAAAGAAAGACUUCAAAACAACGACUCAAGAUGCUUGA